AUUAAUACAAUUCCUAUAUUGAUGUUAGUUUAUUUAAAAAUGAAAUUGUUCAGUGUUGUUUGUUUUUGUAUAGUAGUGUUGUGUGUUUCCGGGAGUGAUGGGUUUAAAUUGCUUAAGAAGUUAAAGGAAGUGCUUCACCCAACAGAACCUACGACGACAGUUGUGCCGAUUCUUCCCUCUUAUGAAAACCACCACGAACUUGAGGAACAUGCGGUAUCGAAUAUCAAGAGUGACCACUCUGACGAGGACACAUCUUCAAGUGAGUCAGUUGAAGAGCAAGGAGUCGGUUCUCACAAGAAAUAUAAAAAUCAUGAUCAUUACAAUGGUUUUCAUAGUAAAGGACCGCAAACAACUACGUACAGGUAUGAAGAAAGCAAUUACAACUAUGGUCAGUCUUCUUUCACUAAUAGUGGUGAUAAUAUUAAAUCGACCACUCCAAGGAACUAUAACUUAGAUCAAAAUGAACGUGAAAAAGAAUCUACGGGUCAGUCUUCUUUCACUAAUAGUGGUGAUAAUAUUAAGUCGACCACUCCAAGGAACUAUAACUUCGAUCAAAAUGAACGUGAAAAAGAAUCUACGGGUCAGUCUUCUUUCACUAAUAGUGGUGAUAAUAUUAAAUCGACCACUCCAAGGAAUUAUAACUUCGAUCAAAAUGAACGUGAAAAAGAAUCUACGGGUCAGUCUUCUUUCACUAAUAGUGGUGAUAAUAUUAAAUCGACCACUCCAAGGAACUAUAACUUAGAUCAAAAUGAACGUGAAAAAGAAUCAACGGGUGAUAACCAGAAAAACAACCAACCAUUCGAAGGUGUCACACUUAAUGAGUUUCUCUCAGUUACUUCAACGACUACUAGAUCUCAAUAUCAAAAUAAUGAUGAACAGUCGGUGUAUAGUGGUGACGAAUCAACAUCGACUACAACAAGCUCCUACGGCGCCAACGAGAACUACAAUCCUCAACAAUCCUCAUCAUCUGGAACAUACGCGAAUCAACAAUCAUCGAGCUCCACGGGUCCCUUGGGUUCGGCGAACCCUGAGGGUCAGUCAUCACCAUUUAACGACGAUGAAAAACUUUCGCAAAAUGCCCCAGAACAAGCUUACCCUGAUGCUUUCAACAGUGGAUUUUCAACAACCACCUCAAAAUACUAUAUUGAACCUGGAGCAGGACAAUCGCCAGCAACCAUUAGUGGAGGGAACCAGCAUACAUCUUCAAAACAUGGCACUAAACAAAAUGCCCCAGAACAAUCUUACCCUGAUGCUUUCAACAGUGGAUUUUCAACAACCACCUCAAAAUACUAUAUUGAACCUGGAGCAGGACAAUCCCCAGCAACCAUUAUUGGAGGGAACCAGCAAACAUCUUCAAAACAUGGCACUAAACAAAAUGCCCCAGAACAAUCUUACCCUGAUGCUUUCAACAGUGGAUUUUCAACAACCACCUCAAAAUACUAUAUUGAACCUGGAGCAGGACAAUCCCCAGCAACCAUUAUUGGAGGGAACCAGCAAACAUCUUCAAAACAUGGCGCUAAACAAUCUGGAAAUACUGACGGUGGAAUAAUUAUUUUUCCUGAUAACCCUAUUUUGAACCCUAGUCCUGAACCUGAGAGGAUAUUUGGAGAACAUGAUCCUAAUUUCAAGACAGCGAAGGAGAAAUUCAAGUCAAUCCCUGCUCCAGUAGCUGUUGACGAUGGAAGAAACAUAAUUAAGGCCCGUGGAAAAGAGUGCGGUCCUGGUGAGACGUUUAACGCAAGGAAAAACAAAUGCGGGAAACUAGAAAGAAAGUGAAAACGGAGAGACAAGCAAAAUUUCCUGCCAACGUCAGGCUGGCAUAUUUUGUUAAUCCAUCAUUUGAUAUUACGACUCGAUCGGUUCUUCCUAACUUUUAUUUGUUAGUUUUACAAAUUAUUGAUAACGAUAAAAUGGUAAAAACAACCUUA